ACUGCCAGCUUCCAUCAGGAAGGCCCCCCAAGGCUGACUGCAGCAUGAUCUCCAUCACCGAAUGGCAGAAGAUUGGUGUGGGCACCACUGGCUUCGGAAUUUUCUUCAUCCUCUUUGGAAUAUUGUUGUACUUUGAUUCUGUGCUUCUGGCCUUUGGAAACCUACUGUUCCUGAUUGGCCUCUCCUUCAUCAUUGGCCUGAGGAAGACCUUCGCCUUCUUCUUCCAGCGGCACAAACUCAAGGGGACCAGCUUCUUCUUGGGGGGUGUGGUCAUUGUGCUCCUGCGCUGGCCCCUCCUGGGCAUGUUCCUAGAAACCUACGGAUUCUUUAACCUCUUCAAGAGUUUUUUCCCCGUGGCCUUUGGCUUCUUGGGCAAUGCCUUCAACAUCCCCUUCCUGAGUAUGCUGUUCCGGAGGUUUCAAGGCACCAGCUCAAUGGUCUGA